AUCAGGCAGGCCUGGGCAGCUUCUCCUGAAAACUGGAUUCUCUUGUUUGAAGUAAGUGACUGCUUCUCUUUGAAGAAACUAUAAAGGUGUAUUUCCAUGCACUGUGACCUCUUUUUUCCUUGUUACUGUUGUAAAUGCUGGUUUUAAUGGAUGUUUCUUACUUUUUUCUUUGAUUUGACGAUGCUGUAAAUGGGAAGAAAUGGAAGAAAGAAAAAUCAAGAGGAGGAGCCCCAAGUCAUCUACCAGUCACCCUGCUCAGGUUGCUAACACCAAGAAAAGCACGGUGCCAGUCAGUAAAAGUACAGCCUUUUCAAAUCCUGCACCACAGCCUGCAGCACAAAAACCAAAGUUAAAACGGGUAAUAAAAGAGAAAGCCAAACCUCCAGGAGGUGAAGCAAAAGGGGCACAGGCAGCACCAAUCCAGCAUUCAUUUCUCACAGAUGUAUCAGAUGUUCAGGAAAUGGAAAGAGGACUUCUGAGUCUUCUGAAUGACUUCCACUCUGGCAAACUUCAAGCAUUUGGAAAUGAAUGUUCCAUAGAACAGAUGGAACAUGUGCGAAGUAUGCAGGAGAAACUUGCUCGCCUCAAUCUGGAGCUCUAUGGGGAGCUGGAAGAACUCCCUGAAGAUAAAAGAAAACUAGCCAGUGACUCCAACUUGGACAGGCUGCUGUCAGAUCUAGAAGAACUCAAUUCAUCUAUCCAAAAACUACAUUUAGCAGAUGCUCAAGAUAUUCCAAAUAGUGCCACGGGCUGAAAGAACAGCUUUGUCAAUUUGGAUUCUCCUAGAAGCUUUUCUUUCGUUACUCGUGACUGUGGAAUCUGGAACAGUUAGGGGUUGUUGUGGUUUUUUUUUUUUUUAAUUUUACACAAUGAAGAAUCAAAGUACAAAU